AUGUCAUGUGCCAUUUCGCCAAUUGGUGAAACUGUACAAAUUCUGGGCGAAACGACACAUGACAUUUCGCCAUGGCGAAUUGUCUUUUGGCGAAACGGUUUUUUACCAGAAAAAGUUAUUAAACAAAUUCUGUUCAGAGGCUGUAAGCAUUCUCUUGAGAGUCCCGAAAUCUUUCUCUUUUUGUAUAAUAGACUUUUAGUAAAUUUAGACUUUCUAAAGCAUCUAAAUUUAUUACACAAAGCUUUUUUCUGAAUGAAAAAAUCUACUAUAUACAGAGAAAGCUGUUUUUCGUGAGGGUGAGGGUGAGAUUUCCUUUGGAUUCAAAAGUGAUCUAAUAGGCUCACAAAAGGAUGGCAAUUACUCUGGCAUAUUAUUUUGGGUGUUUGCGCCACUUUGUUUGGGUGUUAGUCGAUGUUAGUGGGUGUUCCUAACGAAAAAGUCCUAAAGAAUCAUCUUUGAAAUAAAUUUUUUCGGUGUUUGUUUAUUCACAAAGAACAGAUCUAUCGAUCGGCUAUCUCGGAUUUUAAUUUGGGGGUGUUAGUGGGUGUUAGCGUAUUUUAGUAAUACCCGUCCCCUAUUAGAAGUACCUUUUGGCGAAAUUUUUUUGAAAAUUCCCCUAUAGGUAGGUAUAAGGUAUUUUCGGAUUUUUUUCGUGGAC